AUGCGUCCGUCGGACUGGAAAGAGACCGUGCGGUGCCAUCGCGCGCUGUUCCCGAUCGAGUACGAGGCGUCGUUCUACUCGAGCUCGAUCAGAGAGGAGCUCGGGAUCAUCACGCUCGCGGCGAUGGAACGACGCCCUCGCGUCGGCGGCGGCGGCGACGAGGAAGCGAUGAUCGGCGUCGUCACCGCACGCGUGCGGCGAACCGGCGAGACCCCGGAGGAGUGCGACGUCCUGAUGGACCGGCUCCCGCCGACGGCGCGGCGCGUCCACUUCCCUCCGACGACGCCUUAUUCGCCGCCGCCGUCGGCCGCGUCGGAUCCGACGUUCCCGCCGCCGCUCAUCCCGCCGCCGAUGCCGUACGUCUACCUCCUCACCCUCGGCGUCCUCGACACGCACCGCCGACGCGGCAUCGCGAGCGAGCUGCUGAGACGCGUCUGCCGCAGAGCCGCGGAGGAGCGAGGGUGCGCGCUCGCGUUUCUCCACGUCAUCGCGCACAACGCGGACGCGAUGCGAUUCUACGAGCGGAUGGCGUUCGUCCGCGCGAUGCGGCACGAGAACUUCUAUCGGCUCGCGCUCGCGAACGGACCGGACCCGGGGCGGACGCUCUACGACGCCGUCUUGUUCGUGCGCCGCGUCGACGUCGACGACGCGGACGCGGACGCGGAAGCGGAAGCCGACGAGAGGCGGCGACGGCGGCGGUCGUCGCGACGGACGCCGCCGCUCGCGGCGCUGGCGAGGGCGUUCGACCGCGCGUAUCGGUGCGCGAGGCAACUCGUGGUCGCGUCGUGUCGGCGGCGGCGCGGGAGAGGGGCCCGGGGGAAGAUCGCGGACAGUCCGAACAAGGUGAUCUGA